CGUACGAGUCGCUGCUUCUCCAACGCUCUCUCUAUAUAAACCCCCUCGACGAUUCCUUCUUUUUACUGUGUUUGACGUUAAGAGGUAGAAGAAAGAGAGUUUAUUAUUAUUAUGGCUAUGGCGAUGAUUAUCCGAAACGCAGCUUCACGGCGAGCAGUGACUCCGGUCUCUGGCGAUUUCGGUGGUUUGAGAUCUAUGUCUUCAUGGUGGAAGAGCGUUGAGCCUGCUCCUAAAGAUCCGAUCCUCGGAGUUACCGAAGCUUUUCUCGCUGAUCCGAGUCCUGAGAAAGUUAAUGUUGGUGUGGGAGCAUAUCGUGAUGAUAAUGGCAAGCCUGUUGUCUUGGAAUGUGUCAGAGAAGCUGAGCGAAGGCUUGCUGGGAGUACUUUCAUGGAGUACCUUCCUAUGGGAGGAAGUGUCAAAAUGGUGGACCAAACAUUGAAGCUUGCAUAUGGGGACGAUAGUGAAUUUAUUAAAGAUAAAAGAAUAGCUGCAAUUCAGACUCUGUCUGGCACUGGAGCCUGCCGACUGUUUGCAGACUUCCAGAAACGUUUUUGCCCUGGUUCUCAGAUCUACAUUCCUGUACCAACCUGGUCUAACCACCACAAUAUCUGGAGAGAUGCACAAGUUCCUCAAAAGACAUAUCAUUACUAUCAUCCAGAAACCAAGGGCUUGGAUUUCUCAGCAUUGAUGGAUGAUGUGAAGAAUGCUCCAGAAGGCUCAUUCUUCCUUCUUCAUGCGUGUGCUCAUAAUCCUACUGGAGUAGACCCUACAGAGGAACAAUGGAGAGAGAUUUCACAGCUAUUCAAGGCUAAAAGUCAUUUUGCAUUCUUCGAUAUGGCUUACCAAGGUUUUGCUAGUGGAGAUCCAGCAAGAGAUGCCAAAUCCAUCAGGAUCUUUCUUGAUGAUGGACAUCAUAUUGGAAUUUCUCAGUCUUACGCAAAAAACAUGGGACUCUACGGCCAGAGGGUGGGUUGUCUCAGCGUACUUUGUGAAGAUGCAACACAAGCCGUGGCUGUGAAAAGUCAAUUGCAGCAGUUAGCUAGACCAAUGUACAGCAACCCACCUUUACAUGGUGCUCAACUGGUCUCAACCAUUCUUGAAGACCCGGAGUUAAAGAGUCUGUGGCUAAAGGAAGUUAAGGUAAUGGCUGAUAGGAUCAUCACCAUGAGAACUACUUUGCGAGAAAGCCUUGAAAAGUUAGGGUCACCUUUAUCAUGGGAGCACGUUACCAAGCAGAUUGGCAUGUUCUGCUACAGUGGGCUAACACCAGAACAGGUUGACCGCUUAACUAGCGAAUAUCACAUCUACAUGACCCGUAAUGGCCGUAUCAGUAUGGCUGGUGUUACGACAGGAAAUGUAGGAUACCUUGCGAAUGCUAUACAUGAAGUCACCAAGUCUUCUUAAAUCAUUUACUUGCACGUUUCAGCCAAAACAUAAAAAAUUUUGUUUGAGGAAUCAAUAAAAACAGAAAGCAAGAUUUGUACUUCAAUUGUUUUGAUGGGAACUGAAAAGUUACCCAUAACCACCAUAUACUGUAAUUUAUCAGCGCAUUUUUUCCCGUUAGCUGGGCAAUAAAAACACAAGGCCUGAACCAUGGAUUCUUGGAUAUACAAAAGUUCGUAUUGUUCUCCUCUCA